GCAAAAAAACUGCCAAAUUUGGGUAACGACUUUUGCAAUCGUAUAGAAUCCUGGAUUUCGCCCCCAAUACACAUAUCCCAUACCAAUUUGACGCGUUUUCGUACCAAUUAACGUGUUUUCAUACUCAUCAACGUGUUUAUCGUGAUCUAUAUGACGAAUCGAUCUAUUUCUCGUAAUCUUGACCUCCUUAACCGUGGGUGGAACGCCAGACCGGUCAAGAUGCCUCCUCUUCCCCCCAAGACCAAGGGCAAGACCCAAACUUCUCAAUUCAUACCUCCACCUUCGUAUGGACUCCGAUCUAACCGUCGUCGAGUCACCUUCGAGGACCCGAUCGUGAACGAAGACGCUGGAGAUGAUAUUGCAGACCGCCACGAGGAGGUGUUGGCUCCUCCGGCCCGGAAACAGAAGGCUCCUAGUCAACCGGCACAGAAACCCGCCGCGAAGUCAAAGGCCACCUCUAAGCCCAAAGCACCACCAAAACAGCGAGCUAAACGGUCGAAGGAAACCUCAUCCGGCGAUACGACCGAGCAACUGACCACGGUAACGAAAGAAAACGACCGCUCCUCCUAAACCUAGGGCGAAGCAGCAACCUGCUAAAAAGUCCGGAGGAAGUAGCCAACCUCCUCCUACAGAGGAGGAGACUGGCACUGAAGAAUCAGUAGAGGAGGAUGAUACAGAUACCGACGUGGAUACUACUCCCAACGCCCAGAGGCGCCCAGGGCAAGCAGGGAUAUCUCGUUAUGUCGAUAACUCCCCGACUAUCGCUUCGAAUAAGGCCUGGUUAGACAGUGACUUGGCACCAGAUAACCGACCGGGUAGAGCAUGGGCAUAUAGUGUCAUCUGCGAUGAUCUAGC